AUGAAAGAAUGCACCCAAAUGAUUUGCGCGGAACCGUAUGCACUGAUCCGACAGGCAACGGAACACGAUGAGCUCAGUUUGGCUACCUCCUCCACCGUAUUGAGCCAUUGCAGCUUCAGUGCUUUUCCGCUGCUAUCGGAAGCUCUCAUCGACAUGGGUAAUCACUCAGCAUCAGUCCAUUAUCUAGGACAGACAGUGGAUAUGAAUAGCAAAUACACACCGGCAGAGUUUCGAGAGCUUGUUGAGAACCCGGGGCACAUUUAUCUGCAGCGGGAUGAAAAAUGGGUCCAAUCAAAUCAAAUCAAUGGCUCAGGCGGUGAUAGUUGGCGACAUAAUACGACACGAUAA